CAGUAGCACCCGAGCGGUUGCUAGGAGAUCAGCGGCCCUAGUGAUGGAGACGUAAUAAGAUCAAGGGGGGCAGGAUGCCACACAAGAUUGGUUUUAUCGUUAUAAGUUCAUCAGGACAUGAAGAUGGCUUCAGCGCAAAAGAACUGAUGGUCCAUGCACCAACCGUCAAUGGAUGGAGGUCACCAAGGCUCUGCCAGUAUCCCCAAGAGAUCGUCCUUCAGAUGGUGGAGCGAUGUAGAAUUCGAAAACUACAGCUGCUGGCUCACCAGUACAUGAUUUCCAGCAAAAUCGAGUUCUAUAUCAGCGAUAACCUGCCUGAGUACUUUGCACCAUACAAGUCAGAGAGGUUCCGAAGACUUGGUUACGUGUCGCUCUCAGACAAUGAGAAGACAAGCUACAAGGCCCGAGAACUGAAAUCCGUCUACAUGGAUGCAGUUGGCCAGUACCUUAAGUUGACUUUCCACAAAAACUAUGUCAACAGGUACAACUUGUACAGUCAGGUGGCUCUCGUAGCGAUAAACAUCAUUGGCGAAGCAGUAGACCAUACCAAUGACUUCAGCCAUACUUCAAGGGAGAAACUGAUUGACCAUUACCUCGGGAACAACCCAGAUGACUCGGCCUUAGAAGGAACGUACAUGGGGAAGUCAGAUUCCAUUUCGCCGCUGGAUGAUCUGGCCUUUGACAUGUACCAAGAUCCAGAGGUGGCUCAGAUCAUUCGGAAAUUGGAUGAGAAGAAAUUUGAAGCGGUGCGGCACGAACAUUACGAUCACGCAAAGAAGCUUAAGCAAGCCAUUGCGGACCUGCAGAAGGUUGGUGAGAAGCUGGGCCGCUACGAGGUGGAGAAGCGCUGUGCUGUCGAAAGAGAAGACUACGAUGUUGCCAAGCAGAAAAAGCAGCAGAUGGAAGAGUACCGCCUGAGAGUUUACCAGCAGCUGGAACUGCAUAAACUCCUUGAUCCCGAUCUGACGAUACGAAGGCCUGACCUCCCCUUGGAGCCUGUGGUUUAUCCUGCCAACUCUCCUCAACAAAAGAAGGCCGUGCUUUCUCCUCAGCAGGAUAAGCAAGAAGUGGAUAACCCAGAACCUCUGCCUCCUGAAAGGCCACCAGAAGCCAUUUCUCCAGAGUCCCUGACUACUCAACACACCUUCUCGCCUCCCAUAGCCCAGGGGCUCAUCUCCCCUGAGGCAUUUCCAAAGAUAAGCGUCGAGUUCCUGCCUUACGACGAGAGGCCUCUUCCAGCUAUCCGUAAGCAGCAGGAGGAAGGGUACACCGUCUACGAGCCCGAGGUGAUCGAGGAAGAUCCUGGCGACACACCGAGAAGUGGCAUCACUGGCGAGCCAGAACCCUUGACGGAGAAAGCGCUGAGGGAGGCCGGGCCAGCCAUUGAAGUGCUUGGGGAAGCCUUGGUUGCCGGGGCCUAUUCCAAAACGUGGUCCUAUCGCGAAGACGCCUUGCUUGCCAUAUACAAGAAGAUGAUGGAGAUGCCCAUCAGUACGCCAAAGGAGGAUCUAAAGAACUUGCUCAGGGCUGCCAUCUUCCUCGUAGUGAGAGCCAUAAAGGACAUAGUCUCCUCAGUUUUCCAGGCUUCCUUGAAGCUGUUCAAAAUGAUCAUCACUCAGUACAUCCCCAAGCACAAACUCGGGAAGCAGGAGACGGCCCACUGCGUGGAGAAGGUGUUUCCCAACCUCCUGUCCAGAACUGGGGACUCCUCAGGUCGUCUUCGUGUUGCCGCUGCCAACUUCAUCAAGGAAACGGCGCUCUGCACCGAAGUGAAGCCUCUUCAGAUUAUACCAACUCAUUUGGUACAGCCACUGAAGUCCAAUUCCCCAACGCAUCUGGCGAUGAGCCAGGUGGACUUAGUGGAACGUUUGCUGAGAGAUCUCGGGACAGAUAACACCGGCUUUACUGUCGAUAAUGUCAUGAAGUUUGCAACAGCCACUCUGGAGUACCGGGUGUAUGAAGUCCGAGAAACAGCCAUCCGGAUCAUCUUAGACAUGUACCGGCAGCACCAAGCCGUCAUCCUGGAUUACCUUCCUCCUGACGAUGCCAACACUCGCAAGAACGUUCUCUACAAGACAAUCUUUGAUGGGUUUGCUAAGAUAGAUGGCCGGCUCUCAGAGGGCGAAGUAAAGGCGCAGAAAAAGGUGGCUACGGAAGAAUCGGAGAAACAAAAGAAAGAUGAGAUCAAAGCUUUGCAAGGUCAGCUAGCAGCACUGAAGGAGAUGCAAAAUGACACUCCCAAGGAAAAAGAGAAUGAUAUUCAGCAGUCCAACAUUCAAGGAGAGUCUACCAAGAAAGCUCCCUUGCCUGCAACAACAGAGGUUCCCGAGGAUCAUUCCUCAGUUGCAAAUUACCUUGACAACUUGACCGAGCACUUGCUGACAGAAUGUGACAAGAAGGAUCACUUUGGCAAGUGUUCCCGUUGCUGCGAAGCCCUACCCAAGGAAGAGCUUCCCAGACACGUCAAGGGGAAAGCAUGCAACCCUGCCAAACCCGAGAAAGUGGCCAAUCACUGUCCAUUGUGCCAUGAAAAUUUUGCGCCAGGGGAGGAGGCCUGGAAGGUGCAUCUGAUGGGCAAAGACGGCUGCUGCAUGAACCCGAGGCGGGUGUCCUCCUUGAAUAAGAGCUUGCCAUCACAAUCGACUGCUGGCAAAACUGCGGGAACAACAGCACUCAACAAGUCCGGGCCAGCCGGAACAAAGCUCCGCUCCCCCGUGGUUGGAAGCAAGAUCCCCACCCCACGAGGAGGCUUCAACAAAAACACCAAGUAACUUGCCGCCCUCCUUGCAGUGCCAAAGCAGGGAAACGGUGGCAGGCUUUUGUCUUUCUCAAGCCAUGGAUUCGUCUUCUCGUGAGCUGCAGGCCCAUUUGUAAAAACAGUGUUCUAGCUGGACUGCCUGGUCUCAGUGGCAUUUACCACAAUCCGCAUAUCCUAAUUCAAACGGUUCUUCCUUGACACGACAAUUUGUAAUCAUGAUGCAUUCCCAAGGCACAGACCUUCCCCUAGGAUGAUACGCCUGGUGUGGCUGUUUUCUCUGCCUCCCACUCUGCUCUCCGUAAUGGCUCCUGUCAGUCUGUCACCUGAGGCAGGUGCCUCCCCUUGCCUGGCAGCAAGGCCCUCUUUUCUUCCCUAUUGUAAAUCAGAUAUGCCAGAUGUGUGUGGAUCUAAAAAGCACAACCUAGACCAUCACUUGCGGACUGCUUUUCUGUGCCCUCUC